UCAAUUGCAGGGACAAAAGAUUUUUUUAACUGCGACUGCCAAGAUUAAAAUAAAAACAAGUUUCAGUUUCGGAAUUGGAUUCAAUGUCAAAUCUUUGAAACUGAAACUAAGUAAUUAAAUCUUUGAACCAUUGCAAUGGAUUUAGUUUUUAAAAUUCGUGGGGUAGUUAAAAAUUAUGAAUGGGGCAAACUAGGAGUCAAUAGUAUGGUUGCAGUUCUGCAAAAGAGUGCCGACGAUAACUUUAAAAUUAUGGAUGAUCUGCCUUACUCAGAACUUUGGUUAGGAACUCAUGAUUCGGGACCAGCUACUAUUCCUCACUUGGUGAACAAAAAAUUGCUUGACUGGCUUCAGAUGAAUCCUAUAAGCUUGGGUGAAAACAUUUCCAAAGAAUUUGCCUCAUCUGCAGGCCUUCCUUUUCUUUUCAAAGUUUUAUCAGUAAACAAAGCCCUGUCAAUCCAAGUACAUCCCGACAAACAGACUGCUUCCAAAUUGCACAAAGAAUUUCCUCAACAUUAUCCUGAUGAUAAUCAUAAACCAGAAUUAGCAAUCGCAUUAACAAAUUUUAAAGCUCUGUGUGGAUUUCGACCCCUGAACGAAAUAAAAGCCUUUCUUCAAGAAAUCACUGAACUUCAAAAAAUUAUUAACGUUGAUUUGGUUAAAUCAUUUCUCGAAAAAGGUGAUUUGCGCUCCGUUUUCACAGCCUUGAUGACAUCAUCCUCAAGUGUAUAUGAAGCACAGAUCUUGCAGAUAAUUGAAAAUUUUAAAUGCAAUAAAUAUACCAGUGACUUAUCAAUAUCAGUUAAAGAUAUAUUUCUUCAAAUAUGCGAACAAUAUCCUACCGAUAUAGGCUGUGUAUGCAUAUUCUUUUUAAACUAUGUGAAGUUAAAAAGUGGAGAAGCUAUAUUCUUAGCUGCUAAUGAACCACAUGCGUACCUCAGUGGUGAUUGCAUUGAAUGCAUGGCGUGUUCUGACAAUGUUGUUCGAGCUGGCUUAACCCCUAAAUUCAGAGAUGUGCAAACAUUAUGUUCUAUUUUGACUUAUAUUUGUAAAUCAGCUGAAGAAAAUAUGUUCGUCCCUCAAAAAGAUGUAAACGAUCCAUUCGUCCUUACCUAUGCUCCUCCAGUGAAAGAGUUUGCUAUAGAUUCCAUUACAUUGCCUUCUGAUACUAUUGAAUAUAAGUUAAAAACUUUACAAAGUGCUUCUAUAUUACUCAUUAUUAAAGGCAGUGGAGUUAGUUGUUAUGAAAAGGAGGAAGUUAAUUUAAAUAUUGGAUCUGCUUUAUUCAUUUCUGCUAAUUGUGAUGUUAUUAUCAAACCCAGUGAAGAGUUGUUAAUGUUUCGAGCUUAUUGUCUGGGUUAAAUCCAUUAAGAUACCCAUAAUUCUUUUAAAUACUAGAAUCUUUUCUUUAUUUGAAAGAUAUUUCUUUAAUAGUGCCUGUUAUCACCAGUUGAAAUUUCCAAAAGUGUUUUUAUUUGUUAAAAAAAUUACCACUCAGUUUGUUUAUGGUAUUAUAUUUAUAGUAUUAUAUAGUAUUGUAUUAUAUAUUGUAUUUAGUAUUAUAUAUUGUAUUAAGUUUUAUCUGCUAAACAAGUGACCAUUUUGUUAAAAAAAAAUCAAUACUACAGUCUUUUCUUGCAAUUUAUCUAUUACUGUCAUCGCGUUUCUUUAGUUAUCAAUAUGGAAAUCUUUCCUCUGAAUCGAUCUUUUACCGUCAUAUAUUUAUUCAUUUGUAUCUUAUAUUUUAAUGCUCUUCUCAUUAGUGAAGAAAUAUGUUAAAUUACAGAAGGAUCAGGAAACACUUGUAAAGGAGCUUUUGUUAUACAUUUUUGAAGAUAUCUCUGUAUUGUGAUUUGCGACAGAAUAAUUGGAGAGAUUUCCAUAUCGUGAUCUGUGGCAGAAUAAUCAUCUAGUCUUAGCAACUUCUAGGCAGCGACCCGGGUGAAACAGGGGGAAAAAACGUCACAGAAAGGGGCCAACUCUAGAGGUAUAACUCCUAGCCUCUCCUGGCAAGCAUCCGCAUGUUUUUUUUUUUUUUUUACACUUGCAAAUUUUAAAUCUAUGUGACACUUUGGCAAUUGUAGUUGGUGCAACAGAUCACGAUACGUAAAUAUCCUCAUAUAUUUAACUAUGUUUUUGAUUAUUGGAUAUUCAACAAUAGUUUUUUUAUUUAUAUGCUUUGUUCUUUCCUGGGAUGAAAAGAAUGUUGUGCUUCUGGCAUAUCUUAUUCAGGUAACAAAUUUUAAUUCAGGUAACAAAUUUUAAAUGCAAAAUUCAGGCAACAAAUUUUAAAAUUGUCACCAUGAAAAGUUUUAACAUGGUGUUGCAUUUUCAGAACUUUAUAAUCAAAAUAGAAAUUUUUUCUCAACAUACAAAUUUUUUGUAUCUUAGAGAACUUUGAAAAAAAAGGCUUUAAUUUGUAAAUCCUGGUUAAGAUAUCAAAAAUAUCAAAUCCAUUAUAUUAUAACAUAUUUAUUUUAACCAAAAAAUCAAUUUGAUAGAGAAAUAUUAAUAUCUUUUAAAGCAAUCAAAAAAUAGGGAUAUUAAAUAAUUAUUUCUCUUUUAUGUGUGAAGGAUUUUUGAAGUUUCAAUGUUGACUGUUGAUAUUGCAUAUAGCAGAAAUAUUUCAUCAAAUGAAGAAAAUGUGUGUGGAGAAAAAGAAAUUUUGUUGUAAAAUGAUUAAGAAUCAAAUUAUUUUUAAAUUUAGUAGAAAAUCUAGUGAUUACUGCAUGUUACAAAAUCAAUUAGACUGGUUUUGGUCAUUAUAUUUUUAAUAAAAAAAUAUAAAAAUUCAGUUUUGUAUAUAGAUAUUUAUUAUGAAAUUAUCAUAAAUUGGCAUGCUUAGUUAACAACAAAUUAAUAGCUUUUGGAGCGUGCUGUGUAAGAAGUGAAUGAUUUUUUUCUGCUAAAGCUUGGGCGUGUGUUUGCUGAUAUAAGCGGUGGUAGAUCUUAAAACUGUGUUGUUUUACUUUGGAUUUAGUUAGAUAAUUAUGUUUUUACUUAUGAAUACUUUAUUUUUACUGAAAUAAAGAUAUUUUGUUAAGAA